AUGAUUAGUGAAGAGUUUGAUGAGCAAUUUGCAAGGAUUAAAGACUAUAAAGAGCAAAUCCUAGAAUCAAACCCGGAGUCUAUGGUUGAUCUUGUAACAACCAUUAGAGAUGAUGGUGUGGAGAUCUUCGACAAGUUCUAUGUGUGUUUUAAAGCUCUGAAGACAAUAUGGCGAGCUUAUUGUCGAACCAUUUUUAGGAUUGAUGGAUGCUUUAUGAAAUCUACCUCAAAAGGACAACUCCUUGCAGCUGUGGGCAGAGACGCAAACAAUCAAAUAUACCCUGUUGCGUGGGAAAUUGUUCAAGUUGAGGAUGCUGACAAUUGGAAGUGGUUCAUUCAAAGGGUAAAGUCUGAUUUAGACCUCAAAAAUGGUGAAGGGUUCACUCUUAUCUCUGACAAACAGAAGGGACUUAUAAAGGCUGUGGAAGAAGAAUUUCCUCACAUAAAACACCGGACGUGCACUAGACACAUAUACGGGAACAUUAAGAAGCUACACCCCAACAAGCCUAAGUUUAAACAUUUGUUUUGGGCAGUGGCAAAUAGCUUCAACGAGGGUGAUUAUAAAGCGGCACUUAAGGAGCUUAAAGCCUUUGAUUCUCAGAUCUAUGAUGACUUGAUGGUGAGAGAUCCUACAAGUUGUACUCAUGCAUUCUUCAGCACCACUUCUAGUUGCGAAGAUGGCCUCAACAAUUUCUCAGAAUCUUACAAUAGCGGUUUGAAGAAAUCACGUUCUCUGCCUUUAGUGGGAAUGCUUGAGACCAUGAGAAGACAAGCUAUGGUUAGAAUCAAGGUGAGGAAGAAGAAAUUGGUGAAGUAUGAGGCUAAAUACAGUUUAAAGGUCGCUAAAACCAUCGCUGAAGAGACAAAAAAUCGCAAAUGGUGUAAGAAAAGGACCCUUGGUCCUAAUGGUGUUUCAGAAGUCGAAGAAAAUAGCACUUCUCACACUGUCAAUAUGGACAGGAGAACAUGUACCUGCAGAAGAUGGGACCUCACCGGGAUUCCGUGUCGUCAUGCUUUGAAGGUGAUUCAAGACAAGAAACUUAAUGCUGAGAAUUUUGUGGCGGAUUGUUACUUGACGACUUUGUGGAAGCAGCAAUAUAGUGAUUCAGUCACUCCAGUCGAAGGAAUGAAGUUUUGGAAGGAAGCUUAUGGUUCUCAGAUUCAACCGCCAGCAAGACCUGAUGAGAAAGGUCGGAAGAGUAGAAUCCAGAGAAGAGGAAGAAAUCGAUUUAUGAGUCUCCUACUAAAGGGAAGAAAGUUUGUAAACAUUUGA